AUGGCAAUUCUGGACAUCGGCCUGCCCACCGGCUUUGAGCCUGAAAACUCAGAUUUAGAGUUGCUCAAAAAUUCAAUCGAUCGCUACAUCAGCUACUUCCCAAUGGUGGACAACCUGAGCGACAGACCAUCCCUCAUAAUUCACCUGUUUAGGGUGUCCAAUAGUCAGACAGACGUGAUCUCAUUCAGACUUCAAGUGAAGAAAUUUAAAAAAAGGACUUUUCAGGUUUUCCACUUUUUGGUGCCAGUGUACCAGUACUACAACAAAGAUAAACGCUGUAGCAGGUUCUACUCUCCUCCUGAAGACAAACAGCAGCUUAAUCAGAUCUGCAAAGACGAUGUGUGCCGCUGCUCACAGGGUGACUGUUGUGUACCAAAGGAAGACUCCUCAUCUUUCAGUACAGAACAGAGGAAGGCUGCAGUGUGCAAUGGAUUACAUCAUGCCUACAGGGUCAAACUGCUCAGCAUCAGCCAGAGUCACUACGACCAGUACGAGAUGAAGAUUGUGCAGGUUAUCAAAGAGGGGACAGAGGAAGGUCUGAACGAGAAUGAAAGGAGGAUGUUCCUCUCUCAUGCGAGCUGUAGGACAGGGCUUGGUUUGAAAGAGGGUCAGGACUAUCUGAUCAUUGGGCCCAUCACUGAUGUUUGGCAUGCAGGAAGCACGUCCAACAAGUAUGUGUAUACUCUGGGUAAGAACACGUGGGUCGAGCGCUGGCCAUCUGAGUCUGAAUGCGGGGCUGGAUCCACACUGCAGGUGAAAUGCGGCGAGCUGAAGAGCUUCGAAAAGGAGCUGACAGAAAGCGGCUGUCAGACUUGAGAGAUGCUUCACAAAUCUCAUUGCAGCCAUUUUGAAUUGUGUUUUUGGUUUUAAACACCUUUUCCAACACACCUUUCUGUGUGUGUAUAUCUUCUGUAUAUCUUAAAAAAUAAUAAUAAAUAGUAAUAAUAAAAUGUC